AUGGAUGAGGAAAGGGAACGUUAUGUUAAAGUACGGUCAAAUUGUGACUAUUAUGUCUCGAAAGUGACAAUUUCCGCUGAUCCGAUAUUGAAUGCAAAGGAUUGCAUUGUUCUGGUCAUGUACAAAGGGUUCUGUCGGUUGGCCUUUAUUAGAAUCAGCAAAGACAAAUCAUGGACUUAUACUGACGAAAGGUACUGUCAGCCAGUUCAAGACGUUAUUUAUUCUGGAGACAAAUUUUAUGCUGUCAGUACGAGAGGUGAACUUUUAUCUUUUGAUAUUACUCCAGAGUCCUACUCGGACGUAAAAUUGGCUGCACGCAGAAUUCGGCCUGUGGAAAUGAGCUACCAGAAGUUUUAUAUAGUGCAUUCAAAUGAGAAGGACUUGUUAAUGGAUCAAAGAUAUAUGUCCUUUGAGCUUGAGCCCCAGAGCCGCCGCACAACGAAAGUCCUAGUGUUCAGAUUUGAUUUUGAUAAGUCCAAGUGGAUAAAGAAGUUAGGUGAUGUUUCUCUCUUUAUGGGUGAUAACUCUUCCGAAUCAGUGUUGGCUUCAAGUAAUUCUGGCUGUCUGCCAAAUUGCAUUUACUUCACCCAUGAUUAUGACAGCGUAUUUAGUUACCAAGGAGUACCUCAUGGUGAUUUUGGUGUUUAUAACCAUGAAUAUCAAAGUUUCAUACCAAUUGACACCACACAUGUUGCAACCCUAGUGAGGAACACUGGACGUGGGCGACCAAUCUGGGUCAUUCCAACCCUUAAACUGUAA